CGUCAAAUUGUUAAGGAUGCCGGUUUUGGGCAUUCGGCGAGUAUAGCGCGUUAUGGGGGCCUGUUACCGCAAGUAAUGCAGGCACAGCAGGCGAUGGCGCGUUCCGUUGCCGUCCUGGAUUGUGAAUCGAGUGAUUCGAUGGCGUCUGCGUCGGGUAAGCGUGCGCGUUUGGCCUCCACCGAGACAACGAGCGCGGUGACGCCUGCCGAUUUGGGUCUGAGCCGGGACUCAACAACUGAGGAUUCGCGUUAUAAUCUCUUCGCUAUGUAUCAGAAAUUUGCCAAACCACCAUUCGAUCUAACGGAUAUUAGCAAAUUUAACCUCAGCAAGUCCGAAUAUGAUGACAAUGAUAACGAUUCGCGCCUUUCAUUCAGCAAUUCCAGUUCACCUUCCAUGCCACCCAGCUCCCUUGAAAAUGAGCGCGACCUAUCCGAUUCGAUGAAGUUCAAAAGUCUAACCUCUUUUGCUGCCAACGUCAUAACCACCACAGCUGUUCAUAGUGGGCAGGAGCUGUUAGAUAGCCCAGAUCACACGAAACCUUCACCCAAUCAUCAACAACGCAAUCAAGCAAAGCUUUUGGGCUGUCCCACCACCGAAUCCACCACUGUUGGUUUGCAUAACAAUUCACCACUAGGUGGCGUACAAGUUAUCUCGGCAGCUGGCGGUCACAUCAUUGCUGUGGCGAAUCCAGCGCUGGCACUGAGUCCAACACUCAAUGAGGCGCUGAGUCUGAAACGUGAAGCGAAUUCACCGGAAUUGUAAAACCUAUGAGAAAGGAAGGAGGAGGGAGCGUUUGAAAAUUGGGUUGGGAAGUAAUGGACUCAAGCGCGAUUAAAUAUUUCACAGUUCAAAACUUAAGUACAUACAUAGAUUUUUAGUUUUAAUUUGUUCGUUAUGAAAUGAAAACAAAGAAAGAUAAAUAUUAUGAAAUCGUGCAAUUUAUGUAGAGUAAGUAAUUUAUUAGAUUACAUACUUAUGUACAUAUAGUUAUACGGUAAAUAGAAAAACUUAAAAAAAUAUAAACAAUUGAUUUGCACAUUUUUAAACUAACAGCAGGAACCACAAUGAAACUGCCUUUUAUGUGUACAGUUAAAUAAGGAAAUAAAUGUUGAAAAUCAUUCACUAUAA